CUUUGUUCUUUGGCGUCUUGUUUGGGAUCACGAGGAAUUUAAGAGAGAUUAGAACCAAGGAUUUCUCCCAACUGAUUUAUGAAACCACUUUUACAGUGAUGUGGAGGAAGUAUUUUGUAACAUUAGCUCUCGUAGCUUGUUUAGAACUUCAAGGUAAGCUGGAAACAAUGGCGCUAUCUACAAAUAUUAGCCAACGAUUCCGAUCAUCUUGGUUAAACACUUGAAUUUCUUGGAUGUGAUUCACGAACAUUUAGUGCUUCUGAUUUGGGAGUUAACAGCCUCAAUGAGUAAUCAUUUCAUGUAGAAUUGAAUUACCACAGAAUCAAAUUCUUUACUUUCGAUUCUUUAGUCUCAGGGUGUAGACGACAAGGAGACAUCUACUUAAAGAAUAUGCUACAUAAAAGCAACCUGUUGUUAUCUCUAAAAUAUAGUCGAGUCCCCUGGUAAAUCACUCCGGGUUUUAAUGGCUCGAGUCUUCAGACGUUAUUUUGAAAAACAUGGAAGAGAGAGAUUCGACAAAUAAAAGUAUACUAGGAAGUUCAGAAUAGCGAAGUCUACAAGAUGUCUUCAACACAAACUUAUGGGCGAUUUAGGCCAUUAAUAUUAUAUAAACAAUGGCGAUAUUUCACUUUUUUUUCUACUUUGAAAUUUUAGUAAUAAAAGGAACAUUCCACAUAAAACCGAAAAGUCACAAGGCCAAAUGGACAGAUGACAGAGAGUGUGAGUGUCUUAAAAUGAAUGCUAGCAUAUAAACAUAUUUGAACAUACAGUAUGUUGUUGUUAUAUUGUCAGUUUGGGAAAAGUGUUUUAAAAAUGACAUCAAGGUGGUUGUAAAUGUGUCAAGUAUAUAUCUACACUACACUCUGAAGAGCGCUUAAAAAAUGCCUUAGGGUUUAAUUUUGUUUCAAGAUUCAGCCAUUUUUAUUGUUCCACUUUUUAACAGACACAAAAUUGACGGGAUAUCUUUUAUUUUCACGCCUCGCGUUUCUGGCGAUAGAUAGCGACCAUUUUUAUAAUUGUUAUGCAACAGUUGAUUUUCCACAGUAAAAAGUUACGAAAAUCGUUAUCCAUUUAAGUUAAAUUAAAUUAAAACUUAAGAUAUGGAAACUACGAUAAAUCCUUUACCGUCAUCACAAAUUGUAUUUAAGUCACUAAGCGAUUAAAAGUACUUUAGAAAAUUAGCUUUAAAUCACACUUGCCACCCAAAGUGCUCAACAACUUAAAUUUCAACUUGCUUUUUAUCAAUUUUUCCUCAAAGCUAAACAAGUGAAACGGGACACAGUUCCUUCGACAAACGGUGAGAUUUCAUGACAUCAUUUUACAUCAGCUAGUGUUGAUAAAAAACAUGGCGGACUCCUGCGGCGCCUACAGUCAAUGGUGUCAAAACAUUUUCAUCAGUUGUCUUAUCAGUUUGCUACCCGUAAUCAAAUCAUAGUUAUGUGCCCAGCAAUGAACUGAAAAAAUGGAAUUUUUUUGCAAGUUACAGUACAUUAUAAAACUAUGUGAAUUUUACAAUGACUUAGCUCAAACUUGGUGAAACUUAUCUGGUAUGGAGCCUGCGAUCGUUAAGGUCAGAAAAAAGCUUGAAUUAAGCAUGCGUUAAAGUACUACCACUCAAAAGAGGUGGACUUCGUUAGAAAUUGCGACAAUAGACUAAGAAGAGGAAGAAAACAAAGAAAAUAAUUUUGAUUUUUUUUUAUGAAAAAAAGUGGUUUACCGACAUGGAAAUAUAUUGUCGCGUGAUAUCAUAAACCAAAUCCAGAUGGCAAGGCUCAUAAAGAUCCUAUAACCAGCCAGCGAAUAUAUUUUUAAAAUCAAGCGUUGUGCAAGUUUCAACGAAAUGGGUUUUUACGUCGCGCAAACGAAAAUGGCGGCCAGAAGGCUGUCACGCACACUGCAAGACUGUUUAAGUUUGUUUUCCAAUGGGUAACUAAUGGUAGUUAAAAAAAAAACUAAACACCAGAUGUCUCCAUUAUUUCAUGUUCGCUACUCCGAAAAAACACAGAAAUAUGGCCGUAGAAUUUUCGGAAAAUAACUCAUCAGCAGAAAACCGAACGGUUCUUAACAGUUGCUCAUUUAACCCUGCAGGUUUUUUAAGGUUCUGUUAGACUUUACAUGUGUAAAUAUCCUUUUUUUCUAGGGUACCCUUCGUAUGGAUCACAGUACACCGCACAGGCUACCACAUCUUACAACAGUGCAGGUAAGCCAAGGUCGUCUCUGAGUGACUAUUUCGAUAAACAAAUUAUUCAAAUACCCCAGCAAUUAUAAUAUAAAGGCUAGAGGAGGUGACUUCGAAGUUUUUAAUCCGUUUCAGCGUAUAAUACUGGACAGAGCAGGUCAGCAAUGCCAUAUCCAGCUUCUUCUCCUUCGCCAGCGCCUGCCACUGCAUCUGCAUCUUCCUCAGCGCCCGCUCCUGCAACAGCAACAGCGGCAGCAGGAGCUUCAGCGCAAGGAGCCGUAGCUGCAACAGCCCAAGCAGCAGCACCAGCGCCGGCAACAGCUCCAGCGGCGGCUGCUUCGGCUCCAGCCGCUGCAUCAGCCGCUGCUGCUCCGGCUCCCGCACCAGCGGCUGCUGCUGCGGCUCCAGCUCCAGCUCCUGCUUCACCAGCUUCUGCCCCGGCUUCCUCUACAACAGCACAAGCAUCAGCUGGCGCCAGAGCAUCUGUCCCCUACAGUUCAUCAGCGUCUGCUACUUACCAACCUUCAUCUCAAAGCUACAGCUACAACUAUAACCCAGCACCAGCACCAGCUCCCUACUACUCCUCGUACCCAGCGCCUGCUGCUUACGCUUACCCAGCUCCAGCCCCUGCUCGAUCCGCAACCGCUUUGAUUGCUGCCGCAGGUAAGGUACCCAGUGGCAAUUAAACUAACUUAGCUCAGCUAAUUCAAUGAACUAAAAAUUUCUUUGACUAACCACCACGAGAAAUGAUUAGGCUUCCAUCCUUAAAAAUAAAUCUACACUGAGAAUUAAUGACAUUUACACAGCUACAAAGUGAACAUGCUGAGGCUCCUGCCCUUCCUUUUUGGGUGCUUUUCCCAAUUUAUUUCAAAUAUUGUCACACUAGUUUAUCAGCGAAUGGAUUUGUUUAUAAGUUCCACUUUCCUAUGUAAAGCUGCAUUUGACCGUCAUUUUUUUUAAUCGAUAGUGAUUGUUCUCCCCUGGUCAUCAACUGACCAGCGUCAAUCGAUAUGAAUCAAUUAACAGCCAUCCCUUGAUAUCGAUUGAUUUGGGUUCGUCGAUUAUAAUCGAUUGGUUAGGCCGGCGUCUCAAUGAACAUAUCAUCAAAAUUCAUCAUUCCAAAACAAAGAAAAAAAUAAGAAAAUGUGAAACGUUUUUGUUUUCAGUGGCUCAGGUGGCCAAGUCUACUUCCACCCAAGGUAUGUUCGGCUAAACAAACAACACAAACAAAAACAGAGACAGUAUGAGACUUUGACGAAUUAAAUUGCUGAUACAAACAGAUAAACACGGUAGAACAAUUCACUUUUUUCUAGAACAACAACUGCACGUCGAGAACAAUUGUAACGAAAAAACUGAAACAACUCUCCUAUUUUUUAAAUUCGCAAACAAUUUCCAUUAGGAAAGUUCUGCGGUGGAUGUUUCAACAAUCAUGUGGCAUGUGAGAAGUGAGCCGGUUGAGAAGAAAGACCAGGAGAUGACAUAGGAAUCCAGAUGAAAUAAUCUAUUUCAAAAUCGUUUUUUGCUCGAUGCAUUUGUUCGAGUUUUACCAGUCGGGAUUUUCAUCCCUUCUAUCUGACCGAGUCUUCCUUUAGUCACAAGGAAACCUCGACGACUUAAACAUAUUUGAGUUGUCUGGCGAUAUAGAGCGUCUCUCAGUGUUAAAUUUAAAUUUACAGAAUCGAGAAAAAUCACCAGCUGAUUAUAUUGGCAGAGUGAUGGUUUUAUUUUCGGAGUGUGGCUGGAUUGCAUUUUAUUCUAUCCUAUUCUGACAAGGGUUAACCUCCCACUAACCAUUACUGAUAAAGCAUAAAACACUGUACAAGGAGGACAAGAGGCAGACUGCCAGUGAACUGGACCUUCUGAAUCAGACAUAUUAACUCUACAUUGACUGAAACAACACAUUAGUUUUAACAGUGAUACAAUCUCUUACCUGGUUUGACGAUUUCUUCGCCGUUGUUGUUGUUGAUACCUUUUUUGCUUUUUUUUUGUUAUUAUUAUUAUUAUCAUCAUUUAUUAUUAUUAUUAUCAUUAUUAUUAUUAUUAUUAUUAUUAUUGUUAUCAUUUUACUCUCUCUAACAAGAUGAUCCGCCCUGGCAUCAUCGCAAAUGUCGCAGGUUACGAACUUAAUUUUUUUUAUUGCUUUGUUUUCUUACAGGUUCAAGCAAGGCCCAAAGUAGGUGGAUUUUACCUGUUGACUACGUUAAUAUUUUUUUUUUUCAUUUAUUCUUCGAUGAGUGUUUCAUUUAGAAAAGCUAUAAUCUUAAUGACCGCUUUUUAUUAUUUUUUUUUUGUUUGUUUUUGUUUUUUUGACAGCGAGAAGCGAUUUGACAGGUAUGUUAGCUAAAUCCUUUGUAUAGCCUAUAUUCUGUAAUGCACAAAAAUUAUUAUUUGCCAUUUGACUUCAUGGUGACCUCUGAACGAGACCUAACUUAAAACUGAAACUCCAAAGUUGUGAUUUGACUGCUUCUCUUCAGAUGCUAUGCUUCAUCCUAGCAAAUUAUUUAAGAGAAUAUGGCUGCUAAAUCUAUUUUUAAGGAAAAUAAACCAUUCAGGGGUAGACGAAAUUACCGCGAUUAUUAUUAGGCAGGAAUACAAUUUAUUGAAAAUUAUCUCUAUUCAUGGGAGAAUAAGUUCUUUCAAAAUUAUCUUCUUCAACAGGAGUUUGUCUAGACGAUGAAAGAGCCAACAACUUCUGUCUUAAGGCAAGGAAUCCAUGUUUCUGUGAAGAAAACCACCACUUCAUGUACAACUACUGUAAAGAUUCAUGCAAUUGGUGUGACUCGUCUGAGAACAUUGGUGAGUUCCAACAUUGUUAGGAAUACGUAAGUUUGUAAAAGCUCUGUAUUUUGACCAAAAUUCCAUAAUAAAUUAAAUCAAUGAUAACAAAGUUAAUGAGAAAAAGCGUUGUUCCAGCAGAGAAACCUCAUAGAAUUGCAACAUUCCCUGUCGACGCUCUGAGUGAUAAUUUCAGCAGACGAGUCUUUUAAUUUUUUCUUUGAACAGGACACAGAUUUUGGAGAAUAGUAAACGAAGCAAAACUGCCAAGAUCUUGGGUAUUAAACAAGGUCCAAUUCUUUGCGGACAAACACGCCAAGAGACCUUUGGAUACACAAGAUCCAAGAAAGGCGUUCGCUAGCUCAAGCUACCUUGGAUAUGAGCCCGGCAGUGCUUUCGACAACAGGAGCAGCACUUAUUGGCUUCCCAAUGGAUGGUACAGUCGAGGACCAGGUGAAGAUUUCAUUGGGUAUGAGUUCAAUCAGCCUGUUGCUAUCAAUUCCGUCCGCGUUGUACACCAAUCUGGACAAGGGAAUGUCGUGUCCAAGAAAAUGUACGUAGAGGCAGCCGAUGCCUAUGCGGGGCCUUAUGUCACCAAAUGGAUCAUCGAGAAUACAAGGAGCAAGAGUAGCAAGAGAUUUAACAACAAAAGUAAGUAGAUGAAUAAGAGAGAUGGUAAAUGUUGUUCUCCCUCUUUAAAAUAAGAAUGGUUUCAACAAAUGCUUGCUUGGACGAUUUCUGUGGAUAGGUAGCUUGUUUCUCUACGCUUUACGGGUCCAAGGAAGUUCAUGACAUUCAAAGCAACCUGACACAUCCCCAAACACAAGUCGAAUGAUGGUGGAGGAUCACAAAAUGGAAGAUAUUGCAGUGCUCUAAAGGAAAAACCCCAAACGGUGCUUUUAGGUCAGCGGUAGCCUUCCAAAAAGGUACCGCUAGUAAUUUGAUAGCUCAAGUAUCUGCAGAAUUACUAGCGUAACAACCCUUAGACAGAAGUGACCCUCCAGAAUCGUACCUGGUGGCCAGCUGAUAAAGCUAUUCGUUUUUUUUUUUCCAAAGUGUGUCCUUUGUUCUGGAGACGAUUCUCAACAGACCAAGGAGUGUACUGUUUCAGGCUGAUGACUGAUUUCAACACAUGGCACGGAGCUAGAGACAAGUGUGCUGAAUAUGGUGCUGACCUCGCCUCCAUCAAGGGUGAAGAGGAAGCCGACUUUGUCAAGAACCAAGUUCAGCUUUGCGGGUAAGAUUGUGCUUCCUCAAGUUAGUUCUUGCAAUUUUUUCACUACAUCAAUGAAUGAACGAGAUUCUACCUUCUGGGUAUUUAAGACGGGGAGAAUGAGUUUCCCUAUUUCCGAAUCCUUCAAAAUCAGUGAGGAGCAUGACCAGAUAAUAAAGUACCGUCUGCUUUAACUAUUGAAUAGUAUAAGAAUCUGGGAUUAGACUUAUUUGUUUCGCUUCACUCUUUAUUUAAAAAAGAGUGAACUCGUGUCACAUUUCCAACCAUUUAAAUGCUAAAUCAGAAAGAAACUUGACCUAAUCAGCCCCGUCUUCUCGCUCUUGAAGCUGACUUCUUUUUUACGUUUUUCACUAUUUCGCUGUCUUCUGAUUAGCAGUUGUUAUUAAUCUAGGAUAAUUUGGUUUAUAAACUUAGUUGAUUAAAAUUAAUGCAAAUUGGCUACUGUAAAGAAUUUCUAAACUGAGCUGAUGUUUCUUGUCUUGGCCCUUCGUCAGAGCGAAAGAAGAAGGGCUAACGCUCGAAACGUCAGCUCAGUUUAGAGACUCUUAACGGAAGUCAAUUUACAGUUCAUAAACGUAGUCCAUAAACCAAAAUAUCUUUUGAUACCCGCAACCGACGCAGUACCACAGAUACCUCAGAGACAUUAUUCGUUAUUACUUUAGCUCUGGUAUUACGACACUCAGUCGAAAAGCGUUAAUAAAACACUAUUCUCGUCUCUCAGCUUUACCUGGAUCGGUUUGAAUGACAUGAAAAAUGAGAGCGACUUUAUGUGGAGUGAUGGAAGUAACAUGACGUACAAGUCCAUGAGUCCGCAAAUGGAUUACGUCAAGGACGAGCGGGCAGACCAAGAAAUGGAUUGCGUGGCUACCGAUCAAAAUGGACAAUGGACAACUUUCCACUGCGAUGAUAAGUUCUAUUUUCUCUGCAAGAAGAAGCUAAGUAAGUAACUUAUCUUUCGUCUGGUGAGUGAUUUAAAAAUAAGGGUCUUGCGAAAUCAGAUUUGCACGGGACGCUUAUAUCAGUCUGUGGACCAAAUUGGCAUCACAGUGGUUGGUUUGCUCACAUUUUCUACGUUGAUGGUUUAUCGUAUAAAUCAAAUUUAUGAAAUUUAGACCUUUCGAGCAGUUUUUUUUUUCUUCCUGACCAAAGUUCUAUCAGAUUUCGUGCUGAUUGAGCUAUUGUCGCAAAAAGGCCGCUAAGUGUCAUGAAUCAUCUGUAACACCUGCAAGUAACAAGUUGUUCCUUGGAGAUGUUAAAAAAAUUAAAAUUUCAUCUUUUGAUGGGGAAACCAAAGCUAUAAACCAACGAAAAAGAACCGUCAAAACUGCAACCUCAUAGCAUAGCACACUCCAACUGUUACAAUAAAAUGGUUGAAAUAACAACGAUUCCAUCGGGAGAUUUAUGAAUUUUGUCCUUUCUCGCCAGCGGGCGAAAGUGCUGAUGACGAUGACGACGAUGAGGAUGAAGAAGAUGAAGAUACUGAGGAGGUUCAUCAUCACAAGAAACAUCACAAAGCUCAUUUGAAAUAUCGUCACCACGCGCUGAAGAAGAACAAGGUGAAGAACCACACCACAAAACACAGCCAAAAAGUUACCUUAGGUAAGUCAAAUUUUUAGCUGCUGAGAUGUCUUAACCCUUUACACCCUAACAUCAGUAUCCAUAUUCUCCAUACAAUUCUUAAGGUGCUAACAAGGAGAAAUUGUUUAACAAUCAAGAGCUUCUUUAGUUGGUGAUCGUUUCCUUUAUUCUCAUAACCUUAAUAUAUGAUUCAGAGGUGACAUUAAAGGGAGAAAUUAGAUGCUAGUCACUCUUAGGGGUUAAAGGCUUAAGACCUUAUUUUGGACAUUGGUUCCUGUAUAUGCUUGUGUACAGCCAGAAAUAUAUGCAAUCACUUCUGUUCGAUUCAAUUCAAUUUAUCCUCCGAGAAAUGUGCAGUCGGUAAAGUUUAUCUAAAUAAAUUUAUUUCUUGGCUUUUUACACUCAAAAAAACACAAUACGAAAUAGCAUAUUUUUGUUUCUCAAGAACCGCGCAUUAUUUCUCGCCUGGGGGGUUUGAGAAUAAAAUUCACCUGAUCUCAGACAAUUUUUUAUAGUCCUACCUUUACACCCUGUUAGCGAUUCCCCCGCCCCUUCGUUUCCCCCUGAAAACCAUGUGCACCACGCUAAAGUCCUCCACACACCCCCCCCCCGACAUCACUUUAGAAUAGCUGGAUAUGGUGAGAUUAUCUAGGCUAAAGUCAGUGACGUGAACAAAAAAUUUUCAUGCGGUUACUGAGACCAUGACACUUUUUUCGUAGCUGAGGAACUCAAGGAGGCUAAAUCAAACAACACCGAAGAUGAACAGGAAGAAGAAACUGCUGACGAGGACGCCAUUCGUGAGGCAGUGAAAGCUCAGAAGAGCUCAAAAGAGCAAUCAGACGAAGAUGAGGAGGAGGAUGAUGACGAAGAUGAUGAAGAUUCUGGCUCCGGUUCUGGCCGAUCUGCCAGCACUAUUCCCAACAAGCCCAACAAAAGAUCACCGCAUAAAAAGAUUUGGGAAUUUUAGAGCUAUUUUGAAUUUCACCGGUGUACCUACAGCGCAGCAAAGAUAAAAGACAUUUGCUGGCGUAAAACGCUUACGAAUUUACAAGAUGAUUCAUGGAAAUACGUAUUGCGUUUCCGAGAGUAAUGUUUUAGUUCAAGCAGUAAAGCAGAUGUUCGUUUAUCAGAAAUUAUUGAUGAAAUUGCUUGAGAUGGUAAAAGGGUUUUCUGAGGAAGAAACUGGGGAAAAAGGAAUGAACAGGGUAUAAAUUCUCCGUGAUCAAAAUCAUUAAUGCAAAGCUGUGGUAAAGGAUGAAUGAUUUAUAUUUAGACUUGAUCAUGGAAAGCAUCCUUCCUCUCUAAUCGGGCAGUUUAUCCUCAUAAAACCCUUUCGUUGUGUUGCGCUUCACGUUUCAAUGUAACUUGAUUAAUUACAGUUUCAUUUUUCACAAAACUUCUUUCUGGCGAAGAAUGAGGAAAAAAGCAAUAUAUACGAAUGAAUUAGCCAUACUUUUUAAAAGUUGACAAACCCAGAAAAAUGCAUGAUUUUAAGUUGUUUACUCCUUGAUUUGACGCCAUCCUUGGAGUAUGUGGUAUUUCGCCUUUAUGUUUACAUUGCUUUCCUCGUAAAUGCGGAAUACUGCAUGUGUUAUGGCAUCACAAGAAGAAGCUUUUCAGGUAAUCAUGAAUUUUUAUGGAAAAUGCCUCUGAUUUCAUAUUCAACACAAGUUGAAUGGCUUUUUUUUUCAUUUUCAAUUGGUAUCAUUUCCAAAUUCUUGUCGUUAAAAACAUAUAUUUUUCAAUUUAGUUUUGCUCCUACAGAAGAAUAAGCUUAGAAAGAAUUCCAAAAAAAGAUUGAUGGUGGCCUUAUGUUCAGUGUGUUACACUAAGCUCCUUAUAUAUCGACUGAGAAAGCUUAAAAAGGUUGGUUGUAAAUUACAGUAAUCUUCUUGGAAAGUUAAUUAAAAAGUUUCAUUACAAAAUAGAUC